AUGGAGCAACAAUAUCUGACCAACUAUGUGGCCUAUCACGACCCGCAAAGUCAAGAGGAUCGCGUUGGUCACUAUGACCUUGCUAAGAAGACAAUCCAGCCCCUGUGUUUCAAAUCAGGCACUCCAAUCUCCAGUCUUUACCAAAUAAUCGAAGCCGGCGAGUCCAACAUUACCAGCACAGGUGACACUGUUUCGUCGUCAGAAGCUCACAUACUGCCUCCUCUCGCGUCUCGAGACGUGCUCUGUGUGGGCAAGAACUACUUCGACCAUGCCAAAGAAUUUAACAGCUCGGGCUUCGACAGCUCAGACAAGGUUGAUGUACCAUCUCACCCGGUCAUCUUCACCAAGAGAUACACCUCGAUCAUUGCUGAUGGGGAAGACAUCUACCCGCAUCCUGAGUUUACCCAGACCGCCGACUAUGAAGGUGAGAUUGGUGUGAUCAUAGGGAAGGCAGGAUUCAGGAUCAAGGAAGAAGACGCAAUGAGCCAUGUAUGGGGGUUCACGAUCAUUAAUGACAUGACUGCAAGAGAAAGGCAGAGAGACCACAAGCAAUUCUACAUCGGCAAGAGUCCGGAUACAUUCUGUCCCAUGGGUCCAAUCGCAGUCCCAGCAUCCCAUCUUGACAGUGUCCUGCGAGUUCAGACUGAAGUAAAUGGCGAGCUUCGACAAGACGCCACAACAAAGGACCUAAUAUUCUCCAUCCCCUACCUCAUCAAGACCAUGUCAGAAGGCCAAACUCUCCAGCCCGGUGACGUCCUCGCAACAGGCACACCCGCCGGCGUAGGCCUCGGUCUCAAACCCCCAGUCUACCUGCAGCCAGGCGACACAAUCUCCAUCUCAGUGACCGGGCUCGGAACACUGACAAACCGCAUUGCCUCUCCACCACCAACACCCAUCGCCAACACAGCACCGCAAACAAGCCUGCCGUACAACAACACCCGCGUCCCGACGUCUCAACUCACAACCAUCAAUAACAAGCCCUUAUACUACACCUCCUCUGGCCCCGAGUCUGGCUGUCCUGUCGUAUUCAUCCAUGGCCUAGGCGGCACACAAGCCUCUUUCACGCCGCUAAUCCAUGCCCUCGGCCUUACCUACACGCACGCGCUGCACCUCUUCGAUCUCGAAGGGCACGGCGGGUCGCCCACACACCCUCUAAGCGCACUCUCAAUACACUCUUUCGCCGCCGAUCUGAGCGGCGUAUUCGCCCAUGCCACCAUCAAACCCCCAGAUGGCGCAAUCAUCAUUGCGCAUUCACUCGGCUGCCUAGUCGCGCUCUCCUUCGCCGCGUUACACCCCGAGCUCGUAGCCCACCUCAUCCUGCUCAACCCGCCCUCUCUCCCUUUCCCGGACGAGGGAGUCGACGCGCUACGCCAGCGCGCCGAAAUCGUCAGGCGAGAAGGUAUGCUGCGCAUCGCGGAUAGAAUCGCUUCGUCAGCGACGAGCUCCACAUCGCAGGCGAGGAACCCGCUCGCCGUUAACAGUGUACGUAUGAGUCUCCAGAGUCAAGAUGGUGAGGGGUACGCGAAGGCGUGCUCUGCGAUUGCGGGUGCUGAGGUGCCAGAAUGGGACAAGGUCAGGGCAAAGGUGUGCGUUGUUACGGGGGAUGAGGAUAGGGUUGCGAGGGUGGCUGAGUGUGAAGAGAUUGUUGAGCAGAUGGGGGGCAAGGCGGAGUUAGAGGUACUUGGGGGUGUAGGGCAUUGGAGUGUGUUUGAGGAUGUGGAGGGGGUUGCGAGGCUCUAUCUCUGA